AUGAAGAGGUAUGGUGUUGCUGCGUUUGAUGAGAGGUUGAGAGAUUACUCUAAUGCUGGGACUAUUCUAAAUAGGCAAAGUCAAGAGCUAAAGAAUCAACUGUCCAUUUUUCAAGAGCGUUUGGUGAGUUUUGCUAAAGACCAUAAUAAGGAGCUACAUGCCAAUCCUGACUUUAGAGCGAAGUUCAUAAAAAUGUGUUCGAAGAUCGGAAUCGACCCCUUAACGCUUUUUGAUAAAGAAAAACAUUUGUUUCAUGUUGAUGAAUAUUAUUACGAAGUUUGCGUAAAGGUUAUAGAAAUUUGUAGAACUACUAAAGAUUUGAACGGUGGCAUUAUCGCAUUCGAUGAUCUUUACAAGGAGUGUUUCAAGACUUCGGAGGCUCAAAUGGAAGAUCUUGAAAAGUGUAUCGAUAUGCUUGCUAUUUUAGAAGGUGGUUUUGAGGUGUUGGCAAUUAGGGGUAAGAAGUUUCUACAAAGUGUGCCAAAUGAGCUUACCGGUGAUCAAACAAAAAUAUUGGAAAUAUGUGCAAUUUUAGGGUAUGCAAGUCGGUCUUUGUUGCGUGCAAAUUUGGAAUGGGAAAAUAUACGCAGUAAAUCUGUUUUAGAGGGAAUGGUUGCUAAUGGAUUACUUUGGGUUGAUACUCAAGCUAAUGGAGAAACCCUUUAUUGGGAUCCUGCCUGGAUAACACAUGGCAUAUAA